UACCCAACCUCACUGAUCCACGGGCGUAUCCUCAGUUCCUUACAACUCAUAAUUUGUCUGCUCUUUCACUUUUCAUUCUCUCUCUUCACCUUCCCAUUGACAUGUCUUCUGCCACCGCCGGCGUUACGCCCGACGAGCCUAACCAAUACUUCUGCUACCAGUGCAACCGCAACGUCUCCAUCACUCCUUCCACCGAUCUCAUCUGCCCCAAUUGCAACGGUGGCUUCGUCGAGCAACUCCAAAAUCCUAUCCCUAAUCCAUUCUCAUUCACCUACGAAUUUGGCGACCACGAUCUCGGAGACGCCGACGCCUUCAACCCCUUCCUAUUCCUUCAAAACUACAUUCAAACCCUCAGAGCCGGGGGCGCUAAUGUUCAAUUCGUCAUCGACAACUCCGAGGACCCCACCGCCUCCGAAGCAUUUCGUCUUCCCUCAAAUCUCAACCUCGGCGAUUACUUCUUUGGGCCUGGUCUCGAGCAAUUGAUUCAGCACCUCGCCGAGAACGAUCCCAACCGUUACGGAACCCCUCCUGCUUCCAAGUCCGCAAUCGAAGCGCUCCCAAACAUCUCCGUUACGGAGGAAUUGUUGGCUUCCGAUUCUUCACAGUGUGCGGUGUGCAAAGACACGUUCGAGCUUCGGGAAUUGGCUAAGCAGAUGCCGUGUAAACACAUUUAUCAUUCCGAUUGCAUUUUACCUUGGUUGGAAUUGCACAAUUCUUGUCCCGUGUGUAGGUUUGAGUUACCAACGGAUGAUCCUGAGUACGAGCAAAGGAAUCGCUCCCAAUCUGGUGAUACAAAUACCUCCCCAAGAGAGCGUAGGUUUAGGGUUUCUUUGCCUUGGCCGUUUAGCCAGUUUUCUGCCGCUGCUGAGACCAGCAAUAACAAUGGGAACGAUAGUGGGGAAUCGAAUCGUAAUUUUGAGUCUGAAAACAGGCAAGAAGACCUUGAUUGAGUAUCAUCCAUGUUUCAUAUGUAUGAAGAAUGUUUCAAAUUUGCAGCAUUGUUUAAUAGAAAAAUGUUAGAAGUCAUUUAGUUAUUAGUGGCAAUUGCAAAUGUUAUAUUUGGUUCUAAUAAACAUAGAUAACUAUCCAUCGCCAUUUUGACAUUAGAUUCUUUGUAGAUUGUUCUUGUACAUUAUCGGUUCGAACUUUUGGGAAAUUUUUACUGUCUGAUUUCUUUCCGUUGGUUCACCUGUUCUAUUUGUGUGGUCUAUCAGCUUUUCUUGUGUUGGCCAAUAGCUUCUUUUGUUGUGUUGGUGAUGAAGCUCCACUGUGUCUACUGAGUCAUUAUCCAAAUCUCUCUAAAAGAAAAAGAGAUAUAACUUUCUAUGAUGCCUUUUGAUAUCUGUAGUUUCCCCCAGUUUUAUUACAUGGUUUUAACAGAGGAUUGCUAUUG